GUCUCAGCGAGACGCGGUGAACAGAGGAGAUGCAAGAUGCUCAUGUCCUGCUUCCAGAUCUGACAUCCACCAACCUCCCCUCACACGUUUCUCGUCUUGCGUACUUCGCUGUGUUUGAUGGUCACGGUGGAUCUCGAGCGUCACAGUUUGCUGCUGAGAAUCUCCAUCAGACGCUGCUCAACAAAUUUCCAAAAGGUGACGUGGAGAACUUGGAGAAGCUGGUGAGGAAGUGUCUCAUGGAAACCUUCCGUCAGACUGAUGAGGAUUUUCUGAAAAAAGCCUCCAGCCAGAAACCCGCGUGGAAGGACGGCUCGACGGCCACAUGUAUGCUGGUGGUUGAUGAUGUUCUAUAUGUAGCGAACCUGGGAGACAGUAGAGCAGUGCUGUGUCGUUUGGAGCAGGCUGAGGAUUCUGGGAAAAGGAAGUGUGUGACUCUGGCUCUCAGUAAGGAGCACAACCCCACCAUAUAUGAGGAGCGCAUGAGGAUUCAGAGAGCAGGCGGCUCGGUCAGGGACGGCCGUGUUCUGGGAGUGCUGGAAGUGUCUCGUUCCAUCGGUGACGGUCAGUAUAAGCGCUGUGGAGUGAUCUCUACUCCAGACGUGCGCCGGUGUCAGCUCAGUCGAAAUGACCGAUUUGUUCUCUUGGCAUGUGAUGGGCUUUUUAAAGUGUUUUCUGGAGACGAGGCCGUUCAGUUCGUCCUCAACAUUCUGGAGAAUGAGACCGUGGAGCAGAGAGGGCAGAGUGAGGAGGCGGGACGAUUUGAGGCAGCUUGUCAGCGAUUGGCCAGUGAAGCUGUGAGGCGGGGCAGUGCGGACAAUGUCACUGUUAUUCUCGUCUCUAUUGAGUUCUAACAUCAUUACACACACACACACUCACACACACACACACACACACACACACACAUGCACACACACUCACACACACACACACUCUUUUCUGUCACACAGAUACACAUGAAUGCAUGAAUUCAGAGGAAGUACAUUGUGCUGAAACAAAAAUGAGGUUUAUUAUAGAGAUGUUUGAAUCUCAACUUGAUUUUAUAAUUUUUUUUUCCAAAGCAGGGCUUUUGAAAACACUGUGUCAGAUUUUAGUAUUUGUGUUGUUUGGCGUCAAAUACUAAACAAUAAACUUUUGUACAAUCUCAAA